AAAAGAGCUUUUAUAAGAACUCAUCUAAUCAAGCAUUACACUCAAAGAGAGAUCAAAUGGGGAAAAUGGAGCAAAUCAUGCUUCUUUUAAUCUCAGUUUUGAUAUUAUCAACAGUGUUGCCCGUCGCUCUUUGUGCCCAGAAACCAGUGGCAGCUCCUCGGAAGGAAGACAUUCCGUACAUCAAAUGUCAGGUUUGUGAGAAGUUGGCAUCACAGUUGUAUCAACAAGUUCAAUCCAAACAAGCCCAGAUCUCUCCCAAGAAGAUCUCAGAAUAUCAGAUCAUUGAGAUUGCGGAGAAUGUUUGUAAUUUGAAGAAGGAGGAAGCUGAUUGGAUUUUGAAGAUUGAUAUAGUUGAGCAAGGAGAUAAAUUAGAGCUAGUUGAACAGGAUGCCGAAGGGAUUUGCAAUACAGAGUGUAAAACAAUUGAGAAAACUUGUCAGGAGUUUUUGUUUCCUGUCUCUUCAGGUUAUGGGUAUUCUGAUACCGAUGUUGCUGAAUAUAUAUACACUUCGAAGCCUGAUAUCGAGUCACUGGCGAAUUAUCUAUGUAAAGACCUAACCAAGGCAUGCAAAACCAAGCCUCCUCCACUACCAAAGGAUAGGAUUCCGGGAGAACCUUUUGUACCCAAACCAACUAAAGAAGCUGAGAUGGAAAAGAUGUUACGAUCCAUGGAGGGCAUUCCGGGUGCACCGAGCAUGAAAAUGUAUUCAAGGGAGGAGCUGAUGAAAAAUAAUUUUGGUUUAGAUGCUGACGAUGAUGAUGAUGAUGACGAGGAUGAAUUUCCAUCAAAUCUGGGAAAAGCUCUGAGGAAAGAAGAUGGUAAAAAAGGUGAUUGGAAACAGACGAUCUUCAAAGGAAUGAAAGAUGCCGGCGAAACACUGAAGAGACACGCAACCAAGGUCUCCUUCAGGGUACAAAAAUGGUGGAAAGGAUUUAAAGCUGCUCGAUCAAAGGCCACCGGCAAGGUCGAGCUCUAAGAUGUACCUCGAAUUGUAAGUGUGAGGAAUACAAAUCGUUAGCACGUUUUUUUUUCUUUACUUUCUUCCGAUGCAUUAAUGUGUCGGAAGAAAUCGAUCGCUAAGAUAGUCGAGGAAGUUUUUACGCGUCGUUCCCCGUCUUCCGGGAAGUUUUGAUGAUUUCCUUUCCAUCCGUGAGACUCUGUUGGCUAGUGUCACAAGUAGCAGACUUUUGUUUUGCUGAUGAUAAUACACACAGAUCUGUUGAACUCUUCUUUUCUGCUUU